AGAGAAUUGAGUGAUAUCCCUUCUUCCAGCCUCAAUUGUGUAAGAGUAAGUGCUCGCAAGGCUGCAUGAUUCCGAAAGGCUUGAAAUAGGGUCCGAUUGGCGACUGUAUUUUCAUCUUCUCGAUGCGGCAGCAGAUAGGUCAGACUGGCAUCCAGGUCGUCUUGCUCUGAGGGAUUUGCCAGCUCGACAAAUCGCAACGUCAACGUCUCCAAUCGCUUGGCUUGGUGCAGAACGUGCUGAAGAUAGUCCACCGGCAUUCGGUAGCCAUCAAAGUCAAUGACUUCUUGAACAAUCAGAGUCUUGAGCGCAGGCAAUUGACUGAUGGCAUCUAGAAGCAUCCAAUCAAACGAGACGGCAACAUCUUCAUCAUUGUCGGCUUGGUGGUGGCUUGCUGCAGCAGACUCCUCCCACAGUGUUGUCAUCUCUUUGAGAAACUCCCCCGAGACGGAAACUUGAUGGACAGAAGUGUUUUGUCGCAUGGCUUGAAAGAACUCCUCUACUCGCUCUCGAAUACCUCUGAGAAACCAAUCGCUGCAGCAACCAUCCUCCAAUUCCAAAUGGGUCAAUCGAGAAUCACGAAGGCUCUCAAACAUAAUAUCCUCUCCGAGGUCCAAGAUCAGGUCUUGGAUGAACGGUUCUUCGUCCUCCAUCAUCAAAUGAGAGGAUACCUCCGCUGCGUCAUCAUCGUUCCAGUCAUCUACAUGGAUUGCUGCUGGUAUUCCGUUGUGAUCGCUGUUGUCGUCCAUCGUUGGGCUUUGCCUUCAACAGUCAGACUUCCACUCUCAAACUUUCUCUCAUGGUGUGCUACAGAGUGUAGUGUGGUGCUCUUUGAAAAGAGAAGAAAAUGCAUGUUUGGGCGGCGGGACUGACAAAAGUGAUCUCCUACUCCAACCCUUGUGUGUACAGAUCGAUGCGAACCGCUAUCCUUCGCAGCAACGCGAACCAGGGAACAUUCUUGUUCUGGAGCUCCAAGGUGCUUGGUUUCAGUUUCCACCAGCUCUCUUUGUUGGACCAUAAUAAAGCUAACACCGAAUAUCGAAAGGUCAAAGAAAACUACGCGAACUUCUUCAACAAAAGGAAGCUACAGCAACAAUGAUUUCGAAAAGCACCAGCGCUUGGAUGCUUCUGAUGAUGGCGGUGCCAAUGCAAGGCUUUACCCCCUUGCAGACGCAAACCAAGCAACGGUUCUUGGUAUCUUUGUCCAUGGUAUCACCACCGCCUCCCAUCAAGAGCCUCAGCCGCAAACCGGUUGCCUUGAAACACUUAUUCCGACAUUACGAUGAUAUCAGCAUGGAUUGCUGGUUAAGGUGCCAUGCACCAGAAUCCUUUCUACGGUCGUGUGGAUACACACAACGAGAGAUUGACACCAUGGCACAAGAGUAUCCCGAAAUUCUCAAUAAAGACGUCCAUGAUCAUCUUGCACCCCACAUGAGGUUCCUUGUUCGAGCGUUGGGUGGAGGAACGGGUGAUUUGAUGUGGGCAUCGACAGAGCCGUUCCUCAGCGAAGAGGAGGACGACGAAUGUGCCCUGGCGAAUUACGAAGACAACGAUGGAAGCGACAAACACCGUCUGCGAGUUUCCCCCUUGGCCAAACAGAAUGUGCCUGUCAAGUCGUUUUUCAAUCUACGGCUGGAAAAGGCAUUGGCGCCUUGGCAUGCUUACAUGGAGUGGCAAAAGGGCGUGCCGUCUGGCAAGGCAUUGCUCCAGGAUGGGGUCAAGUUGACAGAAUUCUUGACCGUUGCUCAGUCAGGAAAACUGGACCAUUUUGUUGAAUUAUGCAAUGCCUGGGAUGCCACUGGAAAGCAUCACACGGUCGAACAAGUCUCCGAGUUUACCCAUGCCUUUCACGAAGGAAUGGUUCCUGCCGUUCGAAACCACUUGCAUGUCAAUGCCAAACAAGUCAACUGUGAACCCGGGCAAAUGACAGAACUGCUCCUUUCACAUGGUGCCAACCACUUGGAGGAUGAUCAUCAUGGAGCGUCCUUGUUGCAUUGGGCUGCUGGUACUGGUAACUUGAGAGCCGUCCAAGCAUUGCUGCGAGAAGGGCAACAUGACGGUAUUCCCGCCAAAGAGGUGAUUGCGACCGAUCGGGUCGCCAAGGAUGGCGCUACAGUGCUCCAUUGGGCAGCUUGUGGAGUAUCACCACUUGGAACCUUUGGCAAUGGGGGGCAUGUCGACAUUUGUCGUCUACUCCUCGAUACGGCAGGCAAAGAUUUGGCCAAUCAGACAACCAACAGCCAGAGUUCAGCCUUGGAAUGGGCAGCUUGGGCAGGGUCUCUUGACGUUGUCAAGCUCCUCAUUGAAGAAUAUGAUGCCGACCCACACUUUUGCAGCGACAAUGGCAAUGUGGCGCAUUGGGCCUGUGCCGGUGGUUCACUUCGUGUUUGUCAGUACCUGGCUGACACCCAUGGCGUCAACUUUUGCCUUCCGAACAUGGUCAAAGGCUGGACGCCACUCAACUUGGCUAGUUCAGAAUAUCACCCAGACAUUGCGGAAUGGCUGGUGCAACGUUUCUUUCAAACCACUAGCGAGGACACAGGAUGUAACAUAGAAAGCGAUUGUAUACAAAGCGAGGUGGCAGCAGCACUACACAACGAACUCAUGGAUACCAAGACGACAAAUGGUGCAAAACAGUCAUGAACAUUGAAGGAGGCUAUACCGUACGUUGCUUUUGAAGUGCAAUUUCGGAAGGCGAGCCAAUCGAAUCAUUAGCAGACACUACCGUCGCUAGGCAAUAACAUAAUGCUAAGGAGAGUGUGGAUUUUCAAUCAAUGG